AUGGCUCUCUCUUCUGCUUCAGUCUUUAGCUAUCCACUCUCGAUCUCCACCGCUUCUCGCCUCCCUUUAACCGGUUUCCACCGCCGUCAUCACUGUUCCCCUUCUUUUGCUUCUUUAAGCUCCCCCUCCUCUGAACCAUCAUCAUCAUCAUCAUCAUCAUCACCACCACCAGUAGCAACAACUCCUUCAAGUAGUGAAAGUAUUUUGUCAUCUACAACUCAACAGCCGAAACCCAUUAUUGAAUCAUCAAGACCCCAUGAUUCUAGCAGCUUUAACUAUGCGCUAGCCAAUCCUAGUGGUAACCCCAUGGUUCGUUUUGUUCGUUCCACUGAGUCCUACAUUGAGAAGACAAUUUUUGACUUCCGUUUCUUGGCAAUUUUGGCUGUUGGAGGUUCGUUGGCCGGUUCACUGUUAUGCUUUCUAAAUGGUUGCGUUUACAUAGUUGAUGCUUACAAAGUCUACUGGACAAGCUGUGUUAAAGGGAUUCACUCAGGGAAAAUGGUUCUACGAUUGGUUGAAGCAAUUGAUGUUUAUCUUGCUGGGACAGUCAUGUUAAUUUUUGGUAUGGGCUUGUAUGGAUUAUUCAUCGGUAACGUGAAUCCAAAUGUGCCUGCUGAUGUUGAUCGUGCCCUCAAAAGCUCAUCCUUGUUUGGAAUGUUUGCUAUGAAGGAGAGGCCAAAAUGGAUGAAAAUAAGUUCACUGGAUGAACUAAAGACUAAAGUGGGACAUGUUAUUGUCAUGAUUCUUUUAGUGAAGAUGUUUGAAAGAAGCAAGAUGGUGACGAUAGCCACUGGUAUGGAUCUACUUAGUUAUUCUGUAUGUAUUUUCCUGUCAUCUGCUUCUUUAUACAUCCUUCAUCAUCUUCACAAGCCAGAAUAGAGAUGUUAGGUUCAGAGUUAUUAUAAUGUAUGGGUAUUGAUCAAAACAUUUUAAUGUAACUGUAAUACUAAUACCUUGAAAAGCGUCUGAAUGAGAAUGAAUCCCAAUUAAAUAUGGGUUUUCAGACAUUCUAAA